AUGGAUGAAAAGGGCAGCUCAAAAUCAUUCAUUCAUAAGGACACGAAAACCAGAGAUCAUGAGCUUCUGCAAAAGCUCGAAAGUGCACAAAAACAGAUCGAGCAACUGAAGAAAACGAGAAGUGAGGAUGGCAAGGCCAACGAGAAGGUAGUGGGCAUUUUCGCGUCCCGUGAGCAAAUUUGGUUUACUGAAAAAAAGAAGCUCACACAAGAAAUCGAUGACCUUGUGGAUGAAUUACGAGCCUUAGAGAUGGAAAAGGAUAAAUCCAUUUCCGCGCUCAACGAGAAGUUAAAUGAAACCGAAGCUGUUUUACUUUUGAAGGAUAAAUCCAUUGAGCAAGGGGAGGAAAAAAGACGAGAGAUGGAAGAAAAUUUGAAGAAAGCCGAAGAUCUCGUGCAGGAACUGAGGGAAAAUUUGGACCGUGAGUCCCAACGCCACUCGAAUGAGAUUCUAAAACACAAAACGGCAUUCAUCGAGCUUGUUUCGAAUCAAAGGCAGCUCAAAGCCGAAAUGGGUCGGGUCCUCAGGCAAUUCGAGGCUGCAAAGCAAGAGCUCGACUCAGUUUUGCUCCAGAAAGAUCAGUCUGUCUUGAUGGCACAACGAGUUUCCAUGGAGCUCGUCAAAAUGCGAAAAGAUUUGGAGCAGAAAGACCAGAUUUUGUCUGCUUUGCUGAGGAAAUCGAAACUGGACACGGAUGAAAAGGAGAUGCUUUUAAAUGAUGUUAAGUCAUCAAAGGUUAUGAGAAAGCAGGCCGAGAUGGAGACUGCCAGGUGGAAGGCGGUUAUGGAGGCAAAGCCAGAGAGACAUUCGUUGAGAAACAUUUUGUAUAAGCGUGGGAAUAAUGUGAAGUCUGACGUGUUUUUGGGUGGGAAAGGGGUGAAUUCAAAGUCCGAUGUUCUUUCGCUCGGGACCAACUUGUAUCUGACUGGUGCAGCUGAUGAUGAACUGAAGAUGGCAGCUGAAAUUGAGCCUCGGGAUAGCUCUAUCACCUCCAAAGCCGAAUCAUACGAAUUCACGAUCAAGCAGCGGCAUAACAACAACAACAACAACCUCGAAAUAGAUGCAUUUGCCGAGCAACUGAGGCUCAAAGAUGAAAAAAUGGAAACUUUCAGAUGGCGCUUGCUGAGCACGGAAAUCGAGUCCAAGAGGCUGCGGGCCCACGUCGAAACCCUCGGGCAGGAGAACCUCAGGCUCGAGGCCCUGCUGAUGGACCGUGAAUCUGAGCUGCAUUCUCUCAAGGAACAGCUUGUUUUGCAGUUCAACCCCCCGAAUCUCCAGAAAUUGCACUUUGGCCCCUCUCCGCCGCCAGACCACGAGACGGUUUGGUCUAAAGUGAAGAUCAUUAGAAAAAGACCCGAGCAAAAGAGGCGGGAAAUGGAUGCGAUGAUAGCUGAGGAAGAUUGUCGGGCGAGGGAAAAUGGAAAAGUAGACGAUGAAAUUAGAGACCACAAUCGAGCCCGGGAUAUAGUUCUAACGAUUGAGUAUCCACAAAAGGCCACACAAGAAGAAAAGAAAGUUGCUCGUUCGAGCCCGAGUAAUAUACGGGAGGAAAGUGUAGGUUCGGAUGCUGCUGCGAGUGUCGAUACGUCGCAAGUGACGAGCAAGAAAACGAUUUCUGGACUGAAGAUGGAUAUUCAGGCUCUCGGUGUAUCGUACAAGAUUAAGAGACUUAAGCAGCAGUUUUUGAUGCUCGAGAGACUAACCGGGAAGCAAGAAAGUGGCGGGAAUAGUGAAAGUGAAAACGGGCCUCUCGGGAUUAAGGGUUUUUAUGCGCUCACGGCCUUACUGAACAAACAGGUCGAUCGGUACCAAUCGCUGCAGGGGAAAACGGAUGAUCUUUGCCAAAGAAUGGAGGAAAACAGGCUAAAUUCGAGAUGCACGGGCCCCACCAUCGCUAAAACAGUGGAAGAGACCAAAAUGCUCGAGCAGUUUCUCGACGAGACCUUUCAGCUGCAGAGGUACAUUGUUGCGACAGGCCAGAAACUAAUGGAGGUGCAGGCAAAGAUCUCAUGCGGAUUUGUCGAGGAUGCUGAAAAGACCGUAAUGCCCUCGGGCUUCGACUUGAAGCGUUUUGCUGACAGCAUCCGAACGCUUUUCCAGGAAGUCCAGAGGGGAUUUGAAAUUCGGAUAUCACGAAUUAUCGGGGAUCUCGGGGGGACCCUCGCGAUCGACGGUAUUAUACACUUGAAGAAAUAG